UGGGACAUGUUUCUGCAAACACAUUUGUAAAGUGUUAUUUCUAUGCACUGCCGCAGCUAUUGUUGUGGCAGUGAAAAGUACAUAAUUUAGAGGGAAACGGGAAUGUGUCUUUGAAAAGGAGUAUUCCAAUACUUUACUCAGAUUAAAAACGUAAUAUUUGUUUCUAAUUGGUACUGUUUUGUUUCAUUUUGAGUCAAGAACGAGCACUACUACUACACGAUGUGUGUUUGCUGCUUAAUCUGCAUCUUUUGCCUUGGUUAGAGACAACACUGUCCCUGUGAUAAAUUGAUGAAUACUUGGGCCUGGACUGAAAUGGUUUCUUGGCAGGAUGCUCUCCUGAUUGCUACUUGAAGGGGGUCUUCCACAAUCGUCUGCCACCGAAGAGAAGACCCCACCUUGUCUCUGUGUUACAUUGUGGCCUCUCUUCAUCACCUUAUGGAGGAGUAGCUCUUGACGGUUUCAUUACAAGCAAUAAAAGAAGACGUGGCACGGAGCAACUGAGAGGAGAGCAACAACAAGCAAAGAGACAAUGUCAUCCAACAGAAGCCAGAACCCUCAUGGGCUCAAGCAGAUUGGCCUGGACCAGAUCUGGGAUGACCUGCGAGCAGGAAUACAGCAGGUGUACACCAGACAGAGCAUGGCCAAAUCACGAUAUAUGGAACUGUACACACAUGUUUAUAACUACUGUACCAGUGUGCAUCAGUCCAAUCAGGCCCGUGGGGCAGGGCCCCCUCCAUCCAAGCCCUCCAAAAAGGCCCCAACCCCAGGAGGGGCCCAGUUUGUGGGCCUGGAGCUCUACAAGAGACUCAAGGAGUUCCUCAAGAACUACCUGACCAACCUGCUCAAGGAUGGAGAAGACCUGAUGGAUGAGAGUGUAUUGAAGUUCUACACACAGCAGUGGGAAGACUACAGAUUCUCCAGCAAAGUGCUGAAUGGUAUCUGUGCCUACCUCAACCGGCACUGGGUCCGGCGCGAGUGUGACGAGGGGCGCAAAGGGAUAUAUGAAAUCUACUCCCUCGCGUUGGUGACAUGGAGAGAAUGCCUUUUCAGACCUUUGAAUAAACAAGUCACAAAUGCUGUAUUGAAGCUCAUUGAGAAGGAACGUAACGGAGAGACUAUCAACACUAGGCUUAUCAGUGGAGUCGUCCAGUCCUAUGUUGAGUUGGGUCUCAAUGAGGAUGAUGCCUUUGCCAAAGGCCCCACGUUGUCAGUCUACAAAGAGUACUUCGAGACUCAGUUCUUGGCGGACACCGAGCGCUUUUACACACGAGAGAGCACAGAGUUCCUGCAACAAAAUCCAGUUACUGAAUACAUGAAAAAAGCUGAGGCGCGUCUGUUGGAGGAGCAGCGGAGGGUGCAGGUGUACCUCCAUGAGAGCACGCAGGACGAGCUGGCCCGCAAGUGUGAGCAGGUGCUCAUUGAGAAGCACCUGGAGAUCUUCCACACAGAGUUCCAGAACCUUCUGGACGCUGACAAAAAUGAAGACCUUGGGCGGAUGUACAAUUUGGUGUCCCGGAUCACUGAUGGAUUGGGAGAGCUGAAGAAACUCCUGGAGACGCACAUAUAUAACCAGGGCCUUGCUGCUAUAGAGAAGUGUGGAGAAGCAGCUCUCAAUGAUCCCAAAAUGUAUGUCCAGACCAUCUUAGACGUCCACAAGAAGUAUAAUGCUUUAGUAAUGUCAGCGUUCAACAACGAUGCUGGUUUUGUUGCUGCUCUGGACAAGGCCUGUGGACGCUUCAUAAACAACAAUGCUGUAACCAAGAUGGUGCAGUCAUCCAGCAAAUCCCCAGAGCUGCUGGCUAGAUACUGUGACUCUCUGCUGAAGAAGAGCUCAAAGAACCCAGAGGAGGCAGAGCUAGAAGACACACUAAACCAAGUGAUGGUGGUCUUUAAGUACAUAGAGGACAAAGAUGUGUUCCAGAAGUUCUACGCCAAGAUGCUGGCUAAGCGGUUAGUCCAUCAGAACAGCGCCAGUGAUGAUGCUGAAGCCAGUAUGAUCUCCAAACUAAAGCAAGCGUGCGGCUUCGAGUACACCUCCAAACUCCAACGCAUGUUCCAGGACAUCGGAGUCAGCAAAGACCUAAAUGAACAAUUUAAAAAGCACCUCACCAACUCUGAGCCUUUGGACUUGGACUUCAGCAUCCAGGUCCUCAGUUCUGGUUCCUGGCCCUUCCAGCAGUCCUGUACAUUUGCCUUGCCCUCUGAGCUGGAGAGGAGUUACCAAAGGUUCACGGCCUUCUACGCCAGCAGACACAGCGGGCGCAAGCUGACCUGGCUCUACCACCUGUCCAAAGGAGAGCUGGUCACCAACUGCUUUAAGAACAGAUACACGCUGCAGGCUUCUACCUUCCAGAUGGCCAUCCUAUUGCAGUACAAUGCUGAGGACGUCUACACAGUGCAGCAGCUCGCUGACAGCACACAGAUCAAGAUAGACAUUUUGGUGCAGGUGUUGCAAAUCUUGUUGAAGUCCAAAUUGCUGGUCCUGGAGGAUGAGAAUGCAAAUGUGGAUGAAGUGGAGUUCAAACCAGACACCUUAAUAAAACUCUUCCUGGGAUACAAAAACAAAAAACUUCGGGUGAACAUUAACGUGCCAAUGAAGACAGAGCAGAAGCAGGAGCAGGAAACCACUCACAAGAACAUAGAGGAGGACAGGAAACUGUUAAUACAGGCUGCCAUUGUGAGAAUCAUGAAGAUGCGCAAAGUGCUGAAACAUCAGCAACUCCUGGCAGAGGUGCUGAAUCAGCUGUCAUCCAGGUUCAAACCAAGAGUCCCCGUCAUCAAGAAAUGUAUCGACAUCCUGAUAGAGAAGGAGUACCUGGAGCGUGUCGACGGAGAGAAAGACACUUACAGCUACUUGGCUUAAAACCUUUUCAUUGUUCUCCACCCACCCACCCUCCCUCCUUUCUUUUUUAAAAAGUUGUCUCUUGAGUAAUAAACAUCAUUCCUUUUGACAUUUGGCCAAUGUUGUCAGGAAUGCGAGCACAGAAGGAGAAAAAGAAGAAAAAAGUUGUCAAUCAUCAUCAAGGUGGUUGCGAAAGCUGGACUUCCCUUUAAACUCUGACAUUAUGGGAUAGCUGCUCGCCCAGUGUUUGUUUGAAGAUCCCAUCUGAACUGCUCAGGAUCGACAGAUACAUUUUGAUAUGUAAAUAUGGACAGAGACCUUUACCUCUUUACUUUUAUCUUGCAAAGUUAAUAACAUACAAAAAAAACUAUCAAAACCCUUCACACCGAGGGUUGCAUGCUACUGCCUGUCUGCAUUUAAGAAGCAAAAAGACGUAAUAGAUGAGAAGCUAUUAAGACACUGCUGCUUUAUGUGGCAGUAGCAAAUUAAGAACGUAUGUUUAAAAAAAUAAAAGAUGAGUGCAAUUUUAGCUGCACUUCCAGAAAGCGAUCUGUGUUUGAAAAAGGCCCUUAGAAGUGUAAUCUGCAUUGUUACCAGCUACCAGAAAAACAUUUGUAUAGUGUGGUUCACUUUUUUUUUUUAUGUAUGGUAAAUAAAAAUUAAAGGUUUCUGUAUUCCCUCUGAUGGUUUUUAUUCCUUCAAAGCUGAUGUGAACUUUGGCCUGAGAUGUUUACACACGCAUCCCAAUUCUAAUCUAUGUUCACUAAUUGGUUGUGAAAAAGAGCUAAUGUGAUUGGUCAAAAGACCAAUUAGAGGGGGAAAAUAUCAGAUCUGUGCAGCCUGUGUAAAUACAGCCCUGGAUAUUAUAGAUCAUUGCUGGUUUCUUGAUGCUACAAUCCAUGAAUGACCUACUUGGCUGUUCAUUGCCAGUCAUUUGUAAACUGUAAAGCUUGUCAACAAGAUGUAUUGUGUGGGUAUUAGAACCGAAGGUUGCUACUUUCCCAUGAUCAGUUUUAAUCAGAAUGUACAUUAAUGGCUGUGUUUAGACAGGCAGCCCAAUUCAGAUUUUUUUUUUUACCACUAAUUGGUAUUUUGACCAAUCACAUCAGGUCUUUUUUUCUGAUUCGUCAAAAGACACAUUUUUGAGAGAGAGAAAAAAUAUCAGAAUUGAGCUGCCUGUCUAAACACAGCCUAAAUCACUGAAAACGUUCACAUCGUAGGCAGGAUGCAGGCAGAAAAUGUAUGAGAUUGGAUCUUGGGGUUCUCUUGCCUAUUUCAAUAAUAAACAUUGUAAAUUA